UUAAAUAAUGAAUGAUGACACAUUAAUAAUUAGGAUUACUACUUACUCUAGUAUGUUUGCAGGAAUCAUAGGGAAAAUAGCUUGUCACCCAAUUGAUACAAUAAGAGCUAAGAUACAGGUACUUUAUAUUCCAAUUAAAAGAUUAGACAAACAAUGAUGCUUAAGAUUAAAGCUGACAAAUUGAUUUCAACUUUGGCAAAGGAGACCUUAAGAACUGAGGGUCUUCGUGGACUUUACAAAGGACUUGGAAUAACGAUAGUAAAAAUGAUAAUUUCUAUAUAGAUAGGAACAGGACCUGCGUAUUCUUUAUAUUUAACUACUUACGAAACAUCAAAGUACUUGUUAAAUUAAUUGAGUGUAAAUUGUGUCAUUUAUCUUAGUUUAUGAAGGACAGUCCCAAUUUAAUAUCCUUCACAUCUGGAAUGAUGGCUGAAACUGUCAGUUGUGUUUUCUGGUUGCCAAUAGACGUGAUAAAAGAGAGAUUAUAAGUUCAAAGCAAUUUAAAGGUUUUUGAUUAUAAAAAUACAUUUGUAUAUUGCUGUGUAUAUUCUAGGAUGCCAUCCAAAAAAUUCUAAAGUCAGAAGGAGUGGUUGGUUUGUAUAGAGCUUAUGGAGCAACUGUAGCCUCAUAUGGACCCUUUAGUGCAUUCUAUUUUAUGUUUUAUGAGAAAUUAAAAAGUAAUUAAGAUUAUAGGAAAUAAAAUAGCAAUUUUGGAAAAUCCAUUGUAACCAUCCUUUUUAGAGAGUCUUUGUCUAUCGGGGAUAGCAGGAUCGAUGGCAGGAUUUAUAUGCAAUCCUAUGGAUAUCGUGAGACUGAGAAUGCAGGUCUAGAGAGCCUCAUUGGCAACUCAUGCAGAAACAGGUAAUUUUGGAUACAAGAACUUAAUCCAUGGAUUGUACAAGGUUGUAAGAAAUGAGGGGAUAUUGUCUUUAACAAAGGGGUCGAUGGCUAAAGUGUUGUACACAUGCCCUAAUACUGCAAUUUCAAUGAGCGUGGCAGAAGUAACUAGAUCUUAUUUUAUUAAUAAAUACAAGAGUCAUUGAAUAUAAUUAUAAAUUAGCUAAAGG